AUGAUGAUGUUCAACGAGAUGGGAAUGUACGGAAACAUGGAUUUCUUCUCCUCCACACCUCUCGGAGAAAUCGACAUGUGUCCACUGCCACAAGCUGAGCAAGAUCAUCCAUCUGUCGAAGACGAUUACACAGACGACGAGAUCGACGUGGACGAGCUCGAGAGAAGGAUGUGGAGAGACAAAAUGCGUCUGAAACGUCUCAAGGAGCAGCAGAGCAAGUGCAAAGAAGGAGGAGGCGUCGACGCUUCUAAGCAGAGACAGUCACAAGAGCAAGCAAGGAGGAAGAAGAUGUCAAGAGCGCAAGACGGGAUCUUGAAGUACAUGUUGAAGAUGAUGGAAGUCUGUAAAGCUCAGGGCUUUGUCUACGGCAUCAUCCCUGAGAAAGGGAAGCCGGUGACCGGCGCUUCCGAUAACCUCCGGGAAUGGUGGAAAGAUAAAGUCAGGUUCGACCGUAACGGUCCGGCCGCGAUUGCGAAGUACCAGUCGGAGAACAACGUCGGAGGAGGGAGUAGCGUAGGGAACAGUUUGGUCGGACCGACGCCGCACACGCUUCAGGAGCUUCAAGACACGACUCUCGGCUCGCUUUUGUCGGCGUUGAUGCAGCAUUGCGACCCUCCGCAGAGGCGGUUUCCGUUGGAGAAGGGUGUCUCUCCGCCGUGGUGGCCGAACGGGAAAGAGGAGUGGUGGUUUCAGCUUGGCUUGCCUAGUGAGCAAGGUCCUCCUCCGUACAAGAAGCCUCACGACUUGAAGAAAGCUUGGAAAGUGGGUGUUUUGACGGCGGUGAUCAAGCACAUGUCGCCUGAUAUUGCGAAGAUACGGAAGCUUGUGAGGCAAUCCAAGUGCUUGCAGGAUAAGAUGACUGCGAAAGAGAGUGCCACUUGGCUUGCUAUUAUCAACCAAGAAGAGGUUGUGGCUCGGGAGCUUUAUCCCGAGUCUUGUCCUCUUCUUGAUUGUUCUUCAGUGGGGAGUGGAUCGCUUCUUGUUAAUGAUUGUAGCGAGUAUGAUGUUGAGGUUUUGGAGCAAGAAGAAGAGAGAAAACCGGAGAUAGUGAUGAUGAAUCAUCCUCCAACAAGCUUUAGCACCAAAACGCAGCCACAUUUUACUGUCAAAGAGGAAGUCACCGCCACCGGGAACUUUGAGUUCGUGAGGAAGAGGAAGCAGAACAACGAUGUGAAUGUUAUGGUGAUGGAGAGACAAAGCUUCACCUGUGAGAAUGGUCAGUGUCCUCACAGCAAGACCAGUCUUGGAUUCCAGAACAGGCUGUCAAGAGACAAUCACCAAAUGGUUUGUCCAUAUGGAAAGUUUCAUAUGAGUGAAGUGAAGCCAGUAGCUCAAUCUUUCACUCAGUCAGUCCAACCGGUGGAUCUAUCAGGGUUUGGAGUAUCGGAGAAUGGUCAGAAGAUGAUCAGUGAGCUAAUGGCAAUGUAUGACAGAAAUGUUCCAAACCAAAGCAUGACCAUUGAUGCAAAAGCAGCAGCUCAGAGUCUUCAAGAACAGCAGAUGAUGAUGAGUUUCAACCGGAGUCAGAUGUUUAUGCAACAAGGGAACAAUGGUGUUAAGCUUGAUAAUCAUCAUAAUAACAAUCAGUUUCAGAUGGUGUUUGAUUCGACACCGUUUGAUAUGGCUUCGUUUGAGUACAGUCACAGAGAUGAUUGGCAAGCUGGAGUGAUGGAAGGAAUUGGGAAGCAGCAGCAGCAGCAAGAUGUAUCAUCAAUAUGGUUUUGA